AUGCAGCUCUCUGCAGGUACCGCUGCGUCCAAUCUCCCUGCGAGACGCGUUGGGGUGCAGCAAUGGCCGUCCAAGGCAAAAGGUGGUGUAGUUCGGGGGACGGAAGCUUCCGCGGCCGGAGAGAAGUUCACAACUUCGGAUCUCAUUCCACUCCGCCGACACCUCUGGAAUAACAUUUCCCUCAACCACGCAGUUUGCGGCGAACUCGACUCCCGUUCAGUCACUAUGGCACCUCUAGUCCACGUGUUCUCUGCAGAGAACCUUCCCGAUCAUGUGAACACGAUCCAGCGCAACUUCCAAGAGAAGCGUCGCAAAGGUCCCGCCGUGAACCUGAAAGAGUGCCAGCUGCUCGAGAUGGUGCAAUACUCCUGCAACCCGCCUCAAGAAGAGGUUCCACAGCCGGGUGUGAUUACAUGCGAGCCACUCGUACGGCUGUUUCGACGAUGCGCCGGAGGAUUGACAGUGGAAACCACUACAUGGGAACCGAUCAGGCAAGCCGCGGAGGAAGCUCAAAGGAAGCCGACAGACACAAAACGAUGA